GGAAGGCGACACCUCUGAAAAUGUGGGUUCAGAAGACAGCUGUUAGGUGCUGGAGGACGGCUGGGUUUACACGCCUUUUGUCCUCGCAGAGUAAGGUACCACAGAAUCCAGCGUGGACAAUUGAGCCUGAACCCGAAGAACAGGACUGCCAUGUCACUCCAGAGCUUAUCGAUCAUCUAGAGAGGUUAGCCCUUGUGGACUUUCGUAACCAAGAGGGAGUACAGCGACUGCAGCGUGCAAUUCAUUUUGCAAAUCAGCUCCACCUUGUGAAUACAGAUGGCAUAGAGCCACUCGCCUCUGUGUUAGAGGACAGGUCAUUGUGUAUAAGAAGCGACAGUGUUACAUCUGGCAAUUGCUCAGAAAUUCUACUUCAAAACGCCAGCUCAGUAGUUGAGGAUUAUUUUGUAGCACCUCCAGGAAACAUUCCCUUACCCCAGAAGGAAAAGGACUAUUUAUGCCCCAACGCAGAUGACAUGUAAUCCAAAUGUGGACUGGGGAAGAAAAAGGCACGGAACACCACCACUUGGAAAUCUCACUGUUUUAUUAGGACAGCUACAGAUGUUUUUUUUAUUUAACUGAAACACUUUCAUAAUAAAAAGGAAAUAACACAUACAAACUUGAGAAGAGGAUUAAAAGUUAUUUCAAAUAAUAUCAUUCUAACAAAUUGAGGGGGGAUAGGUCUAUAUAUAAAGGACAAACAUGAACCUUCCCUUAUGUUUGCCCCAGUGCCACAACAUUCCACAUUUUGUUUUGUUUAAUACCCCAUAGAGCUAUCAUUCACAUUCACUGCACACUUAUGCGAAGAACAUCAGAUCAGGCACAAUACUGUCUGUUGCCUUUUUAAAAGAUGACAGAACGUAAAAGAAAACAAGUACAUCUGAUGCAAAGAUCACACUUUUCCUUUAAAAAAUAAAAUAAAAAUUAGGGGCAGAAAUAA